ACACACAAGUCCCGGGGAUCAGCGCCCGAGUACAUUAGAUUCUUCAGGCAGCAGAUCCGCUACAUUCGCAUCUACCAGCACAGCAGGCGCUGAUAAAAGGACAUCGUACAACUUCCGCUGGCAGCGGGUCUGCUCAACAAUGCUGGCGCGGGAGGACGGCGACGGCGCUAUGCAGACCGCACGACUCUCGACUCUCUGGCCGUCUUCAAAGGCGAAGCCCCGCCCGAGGUGGGUGAAGUUCGCGGAGGUGCCGGAGUUGCACGCCGUCGGCAAGGAUGCGGUGGCCAUGCGCACGAGCUGCCACGUGGUCCUGUACGAUGCAGGACGCCGCUCGACGGCCGUCCACCACGCCAGCGGCGGCGGGAAGGGGGACGGGGUGCGCUGCCUGGCGGGCCACCCCACGCUGGCCUUGUUCGCCUUCGCCGAGAUGUGCCUGCGGCCGCGCAUCUUGGUGCUCUCCUAUCCCAGCCUGUCCCUCGUCUCGACUCUCACCGGGAAGAGCGGCGGGGGCUACCUGUCGCUGGUGCUGACGGAGACGGACCUUGCGGUGUCCCUGAGCGCGUACCCCAAGUUCGCGGUCACCGUGUGGUCCUGGCGGAAGGGCGAGCGGCUGGCGUGGCAGGAGAGCGGCCUAGUGCACCUGGAACAGUCGCUCAGGUGCGGGCUCGGCUGGCCCACCACGGUGUGCCAGGCGGCGGGACCGGGCCCCCUGCUGCUGUGGGAGGUGGGCGUGAGCGGCAAGCUGUGCGGGCUCACGAGGCGGGUGGUCGCCCUGCCGGGACAGGCGCGCCACUGCGGGCUGGCCUGGGCCCCGGAGGAGCUGCUGGUGGUCGACGUGGCGGGGAACGUCUACUCGGUCGAGCGGGACGGCCAGGAGGCGCUGCUGUCGCUGCAGUGGAGCGGGGAGGACGCGGGGGCGACGCCCGCUGUGGCCUGGUUCAAGGGCGGCCUCGCGCUCUCCGGCCCGGACGCGUCCCUGCAGUUUUUGAAGCGGACCGCGGACGGCUGGACGCAGUUGUGGGCUGUGAAGCCAGCGGAGCCGAUGGUCAGACUGGGAAGCUUGGCACACACGGACGUCCUCCUGUGCAUGUCCGAUCGGGCUGUGCUGUACCAGCUUCAGACGGAGACAGAGCGCGGAUCGGAGCUGUUGGCCGUACAGCAGUACGGCUGCAGCUUCGUCCUGUCGUGCGUGCUGCUGCCCACGGGAGAGCACUGCCUCGCCGUCGGCCGGGACGGCUUGCUGACCGUGUGGGAAACUGCCUCCGGCGCAGCUGUUGCUGCUGUUCACUUGAAUCACCAGUACUUGGCGAUUUCGCCCAAUCCCAUCGUGCCGUACGUGGUUCUGAGCAGACCUGACGGUGCUCUCGACUUCAUCAGCUUGCAUAAUCCGGCAGAGCCGCAGGUAAUGGACCAGGUGUGGCUGUGCAGCGAGCGUUUGGAUGAUGUUCAGUUUACCACAUCCGGCCGGCUCAUGGUGGCUGCUGCGAAGAAGAAAGGAUGGCUCUUUCUCCUGGAGGAUCACGCGGGCCAGAGGGUGGAGGUACUGUCCCGCGUGGAGGCGGCCGGGCCGGUGACCGACUACGCUCUCCUGGACGGGGGCAAGGAUGCCGUGCUCUUGCUCGCGCUGCUGGCCUCCCGGCCGUUCCGCGGCGCGGGCCGCGAGGUGGCGGUCUACCGCAAGUCGGCCGAGUCCCGCGUUUUCGGCCCGCGUGGCGUCGCGCACCUCUGCGGUGACUACGUGCGGCUGUGUGCCGUGCCCUCCGGCGACCUGAGCGUCUUCGCCGUGCCGCGCGGGUCCAAGCAGGUGCACCUGCUGCGGCUGCUGGACGACGGAAGCGCGGAUGCGGUGCCCCUGUUCGUCCCCUUCUGCCUGAAGGACGCCCCCGUGCCGCGAACGGCGCCCUUGCCGGACCCCGUGCUUCAGCUGGUCGACGUGGGGCCGAGCUGCCACCAGCUGCGCAGGUUCGGGCUGUCGGCUUGGGAGUCCUGCCUGCUGUCGUUCGGGGCUGACGGCUCAACGGGGCUGUACGGGCCGCCCUCGCUGGAGGGGCGGGGUGUGUUCGCGACCCACCACCGGCACUCCGGAGGGGUGGCGGCGGCCUCCGCGGACCCCUCGGCGGGGCGCCUGGUCUGCCUCGGCACCGACGGGUCCCUCGUCGGCGUCGCCACAAAUAUUGGUGAAGACAACAGCGUGGAGACGCCACAAGAUGCUGUCUCUACUGUUCAAGUUUAUGUGCCUCCUGUUCAGACGUUACCCCUUGAUACUGGAGACCCGAGUGAGAGGAGAACGUGGUUGCAGACGCAACAGGACAUGCAGCAAAUGCAGGAAGCCAUGGCAGUGUCGGAGGAGAAGAAGAAGAUCAUGGAUGACUUCCUGUCGCUGCAGGAGCAGCUCGACUCGCUGCUGGAGGCCAACGAGACGAGCCCCCCGGAGAGGCAGCUGCCGGUGGCGGAGUUCGACCUGGACCGGGAGGGGCGGGCGCGCCGGCUGCGCGAGGCGGCGAGCGAGCGCGAGCGUGUGCGCGAAGACGCGCUGGCGCUGUGCCGGGCCCAGGACGAGCUGGGCGAGGCCCUCAGGAGGAAGUACUGGCAGCCCAUGGAAGUGAAGGGUCGCGUCAUGCAGUCGUUCACGUCACCGUUCGUGGUGGAGAACUACCCCGUGAUGCGUGCGAGCGGGGAGUUCGAGGAGGCCCUGAAGCGAGUGGUCAGCAGCAGGCAGCUUGAGCUGGCCGUCCACAAGGACUUCCUCCGCGCCUGGCUGCCCCACCAGCCCAGCUCGCCGGAGCCGGAGCCUGCGAGGGGGCAGCCGGAGGUUCGACGGGGCACCGUCGCCCUGCAGCGGGCCCUGCUGGAGGCGGAGCUAGAGGAGGAGGAGGAGGGGGAGGAGGCGGCGGCGUGCGUCGAGGCUUGCGGCUCCGUCAGCCACCGCUACGUGGAAGUCCCGCCGCUGCGACACCACCAGUACGAGCUGGCCACGAGCCUGCAGUGGUUCCACGAAGCCGUGCUGCUACAGGUGCGGUGCUCGUGA